AUGGCACAAUGCGCCGAUGCGCUCGGCUCUCCAUUCUCUGUGCCUCACCGCGUCGCGGCGGAGGCGGCGAGCGCCUCUGCGCUUUCGACGAUGGGCUGUGGCGACAGCAAGGCGGCGCAGUAUAGGGCUGAGGCUGAUGACUACGCCGCCCGCAAGAAGAACGGCUUCAAAGACCCGCAGCUAGAGAAGUGGCGGAAGGACGGCAUCAAGCAGAAGAAAAAGCUGAAGCAUGUCGAGGACCCGCUGAAGAAUAAGCGUCUCCCACAAAACCCGAAGCCCAAAAGGGGAGGCAACGGGCCGACGCUGACCGGUGCCACUCCUGCGUCCGGGCCCAGCGGAGACGAGCUCAAGAAGCAACGCGGCAAGCUGAAGCACCGGCGAUGAAUUCAAGGACGCUGUGUGCCUUCGUGGGCGUAUUCUUAUCGCCCCUCGCCAGCGCGGCAGUUCUGAUGACGUUAUGGUUGUGAGGGUUGUCUGGUCGUCGAUGCAUCAAGGUGGGAAGUUCGAGUCGGUGCCAAAUACCUUCUCGAAGAAUGAACACACGUGCAUGUGCAUGGUGCAUACUAGUGGUACACCGACGCGGCUACGGAGAGAGGAGAGACAGUGCGGCUUUACCACGGAGAGCACAAGACACGCAGUGUUACAGACGCCGAGCCGCACAAUAGUAGUGUGCCGCAUAAUAGUAGUGGGGGCAAGGGCCCGAGGGCGGGGCUGCUCGGCGCGCUCUGUGUCUUGCUCGAUCUGGGGCUGGGCCCCGGGCUGCUGGGUGCCUGUGGCGGUGCCUCAGUGCCUGACAGUGACACGCUGAGUAACAGUAAGCUCUGACCUUUGACCUUUGAGCUCUGACCUGCUGUCACCUGUGACCUGGGCCGUGUCUAUGUCUCUAAGCCAAGCUGUUUCAAAGUGUUUCAAA